CAUAUAAAACCACCCUCCAAGUCUUUGUUUACAGGGUUUGGAAGUCAAAUGGAAGUUAUGGUUCUCGGUAUUUAGCCAAACGGCAAUCUCCAGGUUCCAGCUCAACACAGCAUAGUUUAUUCUUGCCUUUCUGUUGGAUAUCCAUAACAAGCAACCAUGGUGGCUAUGAAGAAAGUGAAAACCUUUCAGAUUGUCUUUAACGAUCCCAGCAAAUCUUUUUACUGCGGCGGUGAGGAGGUGUGCGGACGGAUAGAGGUAGAAGUGAACGAGGUGACGCGUGUGUCUGCAGUGAAGGUUGUUGUUCGGGGAUGCGCCAAGGUGGAGUACUCGAAGGGCAAGCAGCGGUGCCGACAGGAGGCCGAGUACCUGCGGCACGAAGAAGUGCUGCAGCUGGACGGUCAGCCCACAGAUGCUAACGGAUCCGUUGUUUUGAGGCCUGGCAACAAAUACGAGUACUCCUUUGGAUUGGAGCUUCCUCAGCAGGGAAAGCUGGUGUCGUCCUACAAGGGGAAGUUUGGCUAUGUCCAAUACUAUGUGAAAGCCGUUAUGGAGAGGCCACAGCAGCCCAACAUGGAGUGCAAGAAAUUCUUUGAGGUGGAGGAGCCUCUAGAUGUGAACACACCAGACCUGCUGUCUCCAACAGGUGGCAUGAAGGAAAAGAAAGUCACCUGCAUGUUCAUUCCUGAUGGCCAAGUGUCACUCAAUGCAAAGAUAGAUCGCUGUGGCUACUGUGAGGGUGAAGACAUCUGUAUCAACGCAAAAUUUGAGAACACCUGCUCGCGUAUUGUUGUGCCCAAGGCUGCCAUCAUUGCCAAACAUACAUAUCAAGCAAACGGCCGGACCAAAGUCUUCCGUCAGAAACUGUCCUCAGUGCGUGGAAACCACAUCAUCUCUGGCAUGGGGGACGCCUGGCAGGGAAAGACGAUCAGGGUGCCAAAGAUCAAGCCCUCCAUGCUGGGCUGCAACAUUAUCCGUGUGGAGUAUGCCCUGAUGAUUUACAUCCACAUCCCCGGCAGUGAGAAACUGAUCCUGGAACUUCCUCUGGUUAUUGGGACCGCUGGCCUGGGCAGCCGUACCAACAGUGUUAGCAGCACAGAGGGCUCGGUCAGCAAUGCCUCCCAGAGCUGGGUUUCCCUCAGGAUGCCUUCACAACCUCCCAGCUACUGUGACAUCACUCGCGACUGCAGCCUAGAGCAGCCCCUCACGCCACUCCUGGAUGACUUUGAUGGUGACAGCAGCCCAAUCUUCAUGAACGUGCCAGCCUUCACAUUCCCUCCGUCACCUCCAGCAUACAACGAGGCUGAAGAGGAAUUCAAUGGCAACGCACGAAUGCUACCAGUGUGCUAAAGUCCAGCAAAGAUUUUAGAACUGUGGUCCAGCUCUCAGUCACAAUUCAUUUAAGGCACUUGAAAAGGAGCAGAAGUUCCAAACUUCACAGGACAUGUUUCUGAUGGAGAAAAACGAGGACUGUGGAGAUGGACAGAAAGUUUGCCUAUUCAAUCGGCUCUCUGAUGCUUGAUUGCCUAUGUUGAUUCCCAAGUCUUUCUCUUGUGUUGCCCUUCAGGUUGUGGAUGUAGAGGUCAAGCCACAAAUUCAGUGCUACUCUUCAUUUCCGAUUAAGCUAUCCUUUCCAGAAGGUCUCAUUGUUUGCUUCAUGACUUACAAUAGCCUUAUUGGGGUCAAGCUUUGUGCUAUUCAACACCAAGUCUGUUGGGACAUCGUGAUUAUUUUAUGGGAGGGAUUUAUGUCAUUCCAGUCAUACCCUGUUGUUUUAAGGGUUUUCACUAGAGGAACCAUCCUUUUUAGUGAAGACCAGUCAGUGUGAGAUGGUGUAAAGCACUGGUCAGAAAUAUCGGUGCCUUUUUAAAGUUACAGCAUGGGGAAUUGUUAUCCUUUUGAUGCUAAUUGAAUCAUACAGCAACCAAAUUUUAUUAUUUGGUGUUUGAGAACAAUGUGGUUUAUUCCUGGUUCCUUUUGCACUUUUUAAUUGAUGCAGUUUGCUCUUAUUCUGCCUACAUGUGUCAGUUUGGUUUGAACAGUGUGGUUUAGAGUGAGUCUUUUUCUGAAGUACAGCACUCAUUUUAGACCUUCACAUUUCAUAAUUUUUGGAGAUGCCGAUAUACUUCAUAGGCAAACAUGUUUGAACCAGUAACGUGGAACACCAUGUAUUGUAUCUGAUGUGUUGUUACCCUGGACAACAUUUCACCGUGACAUCUCCACUCUUGUUUCACAAUGUCUGUCUUUUCAGGGCUCUAGAAAAUCACUGUUAGACUUUGUGAAAAAAAUAUUUUUAAUGCAUCCUUGAUACUUCUAACAAGUAUUUUUGUAUGAAACCCCAUGGGUUUUUUUGUAAAUAAAUGUUAAAAAAAUA